CAGACUACGACAGACAACUUGGUUUAGCGUAGAAGGAAUGAUUUCAUCCAGGCGCGUUUCGCGUCUUGGGAAGACUGUUGUUGGAAUUUCUCAAAUGUCGUCACAAGUGCAGUUGUGAGAGACGGAGAAGGGUGAAUCGGUCGCUAAACUACCUGCGUGAUUAAAAUCCAGAGACCAUGUCUGCAAUCAAGCUUGCACUCCAGCAGAACCAGAAGAGGGACAGGAGAAAAACCUCAGAAGCCAAAUCUGCCGAAGUGUCUCCGGACUCCAAGUGUCCCAUUUGCUUGGACGUCUUUAACAACAUUGCCUACCUGGACAUCUGCCUGCACAAGUUCUGUUUUCGCUGCAUCCACGAGUGGUCCAAGAACAAAGCCGAAUGCCCAUUAUGCAAGCAGCCGUUUAAUUCCAUUUAUCACAGUAUAAAAUCGGAGCAAGACUUUAAACAGUAUGACCUGAAGCCAGUGACGAAUGGAUCUUUCGGGAUGUUUGGCGGUGUGCGAUUUAGGUACCGUACAACGCUUACCGGGGUGCAGCGUCAGCGCUGGGGAAGGACUUCUCCCCCGCCGGACAAUGGCGUCCUCUUUGAAUCAACAGCCAAUCCUCCCCAACAGCAGCAGACGCGUUACAUCCGGCAUGUGAUGAUGAGGAUGGCGGCCAAGAGGAGAGCGGCCAGCGAAGGCCGCACGUUGCACAACAUCAGAGAGCUGGAAAUGGUGAACUUCCGGCGAGAACUUUACCGACAGGGCUUGAGAGUACGCACCGUGCGCGACGGCGGACGAUCCCGGGACACCUCGGCCGAGUUCUAUCGCAAAAAUCCCGCCUGCUUGCACAGACUGAUCCCUUGGCUAAAAAGAGAGCUUGUGGUGCUGUACGGCGCGCACGGCUCCCUGGUUAACAUCGUCCAACACAUCAUCAUGUCGCGCAUUACCUGCGUGGACAUGGAGGACAGAGCCAUCCAAGAAGAGCUCUGGCCAUUUCUGCAGGGCCGCACCGAGCAUUUUCUGCACGAGUUCAUCAGCUUUGCAAAGUCACCGUUCAACAUGGAUGCGUACGACCAACACGCCACGUACGAGGGCUCGGCCCACUCCUCCAAUUCGGACAUCAGUUCCAACUCAUCCGUCAUCGCCAUUUCCGAGGAUGAGGAUGUGGACUUGGAGCCCCCCAGGACCCCCGGUUACGCCACGUCAAAUCUGAGCCGCUCCCUUUGGGAUGACGAGACGCCCGGGCCGUCGUAUUCCACCACGACAGAGCAAAGUCGGACGGGAAUAGAGGCGGGUACCAUGCGCUCGUGGGUCCCUUGA